CAGGGCUGCCAUGGGCUCGGUGGGCAGCCAGCGCCUCCAGGAGCCCAGCGUGGCGAGCACGCCGCACAGGAGCACAGGGGUGAGCUUCAGCUUCGACAGCAGCCAGCUGGAGGAGGCCGUGGCAGGGGUGGCCCAGGCCCAGGGCGCUAGGGCCAGGGGCAUCCCGGUGUUCACGGACUCUGAGGAGCCGGUGCCUGACGACCGCUACCACGCCAUCUACUUUGCGAUGCUGCUGGCUGGUGUGGGCUUCCUGCUGCCGUACAACAGCUUCAUCACCGACGUGGACUACCUGCACCACAAGUACCCAGGGACCUCGAUCGUGUUUGACAUGAGCCUCACCUACAUCCUGGUGGCGCUGGUGGCCGUGCUCCUGAACAACGCGCUGGUGGAGAGACUGAGCCUGCACACGAGGAUCACGGCGGGCUACCUCUUAGCCUUGGGCCCCCUCCUCUUCAUCAGCAUCUGCGACGUGUGGCUGCAGCUCUUCUCUCGUGACCAGGCUUACGCCAUCAACCUGGCCGCGGUGGGCACCGUGGCCUUCGGCUGCACAGUGCAGCAAUCCAGCUUCUACGGGUACACGGGGAUGCUGCCCAAGAGGUACACGCAGGGGGUGAUGACGGGGGAGAGCACGGCGGGCGUGAUGGUCUCCCUGAGCCGCAUCCUCACCAAGCUGCUGCUGCCGGACGAGCGGGCCGGCACGCUCAUCUUCUUCCUGGUGUCCGCGGGCCUGGAGCUGCUCUGCUUCCUGCUGCACCUGCUGGUGCGGGGCAGCCGUUUCGUGCUCUACCACACGGCGCGGCCCCGCCACGGCCGCGCGGGCCGCAGGGCCGGCUACCGCGUGCACCACGACGUGGCGGCCGAGGACGUGCACUUUGAGCAUCAGGGCCCGGGCCUGGCCGACGGCGGGUCCCCGAAGGACAGCCCAGCCCACGAGGUGCCCGGCCGCGGGGGCGCCUACACGCGCUUCGACGUGCCUCGGCCGGGAAUCAGGCGCAGCUGGCCCUCCUUCCGAGCCCUGCUGCUGCACCGCUACGUGGUGGCCCGCGUCAUCUGGGCGGACAUGCUCUCCAUCGCCGUGACCUACUUCAUCACGCUGUGCCUGUUCCCGGGCCUCGAGUCCGAGAUCCGCCACUGCAUCCUGGGCGAGUGGCUGCCCAUCCUCAUCAUGGCCGUGUUCAACCUCUCUGACUUCGUGGGCAAGAUCCUGGCGGCGCUGCCCAUGGACUGGCGGGGCACCCACCUGCUGGCCUGCUCCUGCCUCCGCGUGGUCUUCAUCCCGCUGUUCAUCCUGUGCGUCUACCCCAGCGGCACGCCUGCCCUCCGCCACCCGGCCUGGCCCUGCGUCCUCUCCCUGCUCAUGGGCAUCAGCAACGGCUACUUCGGCAGCGUGCCCAUGAUCCUGGCGGCGGGCAAAGUGAGCCCCAAGCAGCGGGAGCUGGCAGGCAACACCAUGACCGUGUCCUACAUGACGGGGCUGACGCUGGGCUCGGCCGUGGCCUACUGCACCUACAGCCUCACGCGGGACGCGCACAGCAGCUGCCUCCGCCCCUCUGCUGCCAACGCCUCCUUCCCGCCUGGCCUCUGAGCCAGGCCCGGGCCCCCAGCCCUGUCCAGGGAGGGCCACGGGGCCCCCUCCCCACCCCUGCCUGCAGUGCCUGCGGGGCCCCGGCCUCCUCCCUGUGCCAAUAACGCCACCCUCUCUGGGCCCAACCGCUGUCUCUCCGGCCCCAGGGUUCUGCCGAGUUCUCGGAGGCCUGGACGUGUGGCUGCCACAGGGUUCCGCCAGCACUGUGCUCCGCGUCCCGUCUCACGCCGCCCUCCGCGCCCCGCCUGUGUCCAGUGGUCCCAGCGCUAGCCAGGCCAGUGCUCUGAGGGGUCCCAUACAGCCGUCCCUGCCAUGGGGAGCAGACCACCAGCUGGUGCCCCUCCUGGCGACCCUCACCUGGGUCUGCUUUGAGGGCCCCAUGGCCCUGAUCACACGGUCCGCCGCACCUCCUUCACCAGGGACCCCUCCCCCACCGACCUCCCCCCUUCCGGAUCUUAAACACUGGGUCUCCCCAGCGAAACGCGUUUGCUGUGAAGGAGCUGUAGCCGGGGGUCUGAGUGGUCUCAGCCCGCGGUCUGCGCUGGCCUUCCUGCAGCCCCACCCCACGCCGGCACCCUGUGCACCGGGUACCCACCUGAUGCCACAGGCCUGGGGGUCUGUGCCUGCCUGGGGACCCCCAUCGACUCCUCUGGCUCCUCCACCUGUGAUAGAAGAGGGGGAUGGUUUGGGGGCCACAGAGCAGGGCCCACACCCUGACUGAUGUCAGCCCGUGACCUAGGCCUUGAGCCCUGUCCAGGGAGGCUC